AUGUUCCACGCGCACCACGCCAAGCUGGAGCCCCGGGAGAAGGCGGAGAUGGCGCGGGAGCUGGGCCUGCAGCCGCGCCAGGUGGCCAUCUGGUUCCAGAACAAGCGCGCCCGCUGGCGCUCCAAGCAGCUCGAGCACGAUUACGCCCUGCUCCGCGCCAAGUUCGACGACCUCCACGCCCGCGUCGAGUCCCUCAAGCAGGACAAGCUCGCCCUCACCACACAGUUGAACGAGCUAAGCGAGAGGCUGAGGGAGCGGGAGGACCGGGCCGCGGGCGGCGGCGCGACGACGGCAAGCAGCAGCAGCUGCAACGGCUGCGGUGGUGAGGCCGAGGCGGAGGACGACAAGAGGAACGUCGUGCUCGGGUGCGUCAACAACAUGGAGCCGCUCGAGCCCGAGAGCUGUGUGCUCGUCGUGUCGUGCGCGACGCCGGCGGACGUUUCGGUGGAGUCCGAGUGCGACGACCACCACCUUGACUACGGCGACGGGUUCCCGGAGUCCUACUGCACCAUGCCGGAGCUGUGGGAGCCCUGGCCGCUUGUGGAGUGGAAUGCGGUGGCCGGAAAUGGAGAAGCUAGUACAUAG